UGACUUCUGUUCAGUUUACAUAUUCAGCAUGUUACGUUUAUUUUUAAUAUUAACCACGGUUUUUGCAUUAACUGCUUCUUCAUUCAUUCCUGCUGAAAAUUCCAAGUCCAAGGAUGAUCUCAGUGGUAGAAUUGUGGGCGGAAAGUUGACCGAUAUUUCCAAACAUCCUCACCAGAUUUCAAUGCGAUACAAAGGAUGCACUACAUGCUCGUUUAACCAUCGCUGCGGAGGAAGCAUUGUAACACCAAACAUUAUCCUUACCGCAGCUCAUUGUGUGAAUACCAUAAAGGAUGCAAAGCUAUUGCAUGUCGUCGCUGGUUCGAAUGAACGUAAUGGACAUGGAUCAAUCGUACCAGUUAAGAAGAUUAUUUAUCAUGAAGAUUAUCAGAAAAAUGUGCGUUAUGAAAACGACAUUGCCAUCUUAGUUCUUGAAAUCGAGUUAGUAUUAAACGAUUACGAUAUAAAGACUAUUAAAAUGACGGAGAAACGACCAUCCCAGAACGAGAUCUCACAAAUAACAGGUUGGGGCACCACAACACAAGGAGGCUAUCCGUCUGAUUUCCUUCUUGAAGUUGACGUUCCUAUUGUUUCCAAUGCGGAUUGCGAAUCACGUUACGGAAUUGGAAGAAUAAAUCAAAGUAUGCUUUGUGCCGGAGCUGUUAAGGGCGGUAAGGACGCUUGUCAAGGAGAUUCUGGUGGUCCAUUGUUGGUGAAUGGUGUUCUGGCAGGAGUUGUGUCUUGGGGUAAUGGUUGUGCACGACCUGAAUACCCAGGUGUGUAUGCCAGUGUAGCAGAUUUGAGAACAUGGAUUGACGCAACCAUUAAAGCCAACUCGUGAUUUUUAAAAAUUUAAUAAAUAGUUUUUUUUUAACUUUAAAUUGAUGUUUUCUUUAGUAAAUUUUGAGCAUAUUCAUUUAUGGAAUAUUUUUGAGAACCGAAAUUAUAAAAAUUGAAAAAUCUAUAAAUUGGUAAUAUUUGGAUUGAGGAAUCUUUUUAAAAAUUAUAAUUCCGGUUUUAAUCGAGGUAAACAAUAUGUUCAAUUUCAUAGGGCGGAAAUAAAAUAUUGAUUUGUUGA